AUUUUUUUGAAAAAAAAAAUAUAUUGAUAAAGGACACUUAUUAUUUUGAGAGUAGAACCUUUGACAUCUUAAAUGCCAUUCUGAGCAUUGCAAGUUUAUGCUGUUCCUUUUCCGAUUAGAAUUCUGUCCCCUUCAGAAAUGGUGUUCCUUUUCCUUGUUAUCCCAACAAGUGGUAUCGGACCUUUGGUUCGCUAACACACCGGAAAUUCGAUCAGCAGAGAGAGGAGUGUCACCUAAGAACUUGGUGCAGCAGCAGGGGCCGUAGUGAGGGGCGCUGCCGCCGGAGCACCACCAUCCACGUUGAUCCCCACGAAGAGCUGCCGCACUUGAAUCGGGAGAGCCGCAGCAGGGAGUGAGUCACGGGAGACUCACCGCUGCCGCCACUAGCCGUGCGAAAAGAAGAUGGAAAGUUCCGAAUUGAAAAGUUCGAUGGUACAGAUUUCAGUUGGUGGAGAAUGCAAAUUGAAGAUUUGUUGAUUCAGAAAGAUUUGGACGUGGUUUUAGGUGAGAAGCCAGAAAAGAUGUCAGAUGCAGAUUGGGCAGCAGUUACCAGUUCAGCGGGACCUGACCAAUUCACUUUUGAGAAGAUUCGUGAUCUCGUUCUUGGAGAAGAUGUCAGAAGAAGGAGUUCUGGUGAGUCUUCUGGAGAAUCACUAAAUAUCGUUAGAGGUAGAAGAAAUAACAGAUGUAGUGGGAGCAAGAACAAACGAAGGAGUCAAUCGAAGACUCGAGAUAGCUCAGGCGUAACAUGCUGGAAGUGCAAGGAGGUGGGGCAUUUCAAGAAUCAAUGCCCAAAAGAGGAUAAGCAAGUAAACAUUGCUGAAGGCUCCGCGAGCGACGAGGAUUUGUUUAUCUGUUGUGCGGAGAGAAAUGUGGAUUCCUGGGUCAUGGAUUCUGGUGCUUCAUUUCAUGUUACCCACAACGGUGAAGCAUUGCAGAAUCUAGUUGUUGGGGACUUUGGAAAGGUACGACUAGCAGACGACAUAGCUCUUGAUGUGAUGGGCAUGGGUGACAUAGUGUUGAAGACCCCAGUCAGUUUCUGGACUUUGAAGGAUGUCAGAGUGGUUCCAGGCUUGAAGAAAAGUUUGAUUUCUGUCAGCCAGUUGGACGAACAGGGACACGAGGUGAAGUUCGGAAACGGGCAGUGGAAGGUCGUGAAGGGAAAUCUUGUCAUGGCCCGUGGAAGGAAGAGUGGGUCGUUGUACAUGGUCGGGUUACCGUCUGAGGGAGUGACCGUCCCAGUUCAGAAGAGAAACAAAGUCCGGUUCACAGAGUCUCGUGGGCAGAAUAAGGUUGUCUAUGCAAGAGAGAAACCUAGAGCCACAGGUCAGACUCAGGAUGAACGAGUGAGGAAAGGUUCAAGGAGGCCAGUUAGAGGUAUCUGUGGCAGUGGGAGCACAGCUGGUGCUUCAGCCAAGGUUCUUAGAAAACAGUGGGUCCGGAGAACCAGUAUUAUUCCAUCUGUUGAAAUGUCUCCAGAAGAUUUCUUGCUGACUAUGGAGAUUGUUUGUUCUCAAGAUGUUCCAGGAUCCGGCAGUGCGUGUGUGCAGUGGGAGCCGGUAGGGACAGAGGACGAGUCAGGGGCAGUUCAAGCCAUGACUGAUGGGUUGAAACUUAGGAGAGUUUCAAUAGAGUCUUCUCGAUGAUCAAGAAGGCUGGUGGCAACUAGAGGUGGUGGAAUUUUGAGUUCCGUUAUCAGAUUACAGAAGUACAUGUGCACAGUUGAAGCGCAGGUGAACAUUGUUCCGUGGCUUCAAGUGGGAGAUUGUUGAGUGUGAAGCCAGAAAGCUAGGUGGAAGCUAAUAGGAAAUUUGCAGGAAGCUACCUAGAAGCUUACGGCUUAAUCAUUGUC